AUGCAUAUAGGGAAACGCUCUAUCUUCCUUCUGGCAGUAUGCUUCCAGAAUCUUGUGGACGCUCUUACUCCUAAUCAGCUCCGUGUUCUCGGACCCCAAGGCGUCAACCUAUGGAAACUCAACAAGAACACUUCAAUUCCGACAUCCAGGAAAGAGCAUGAACACACCUUUCAAGACUUAGAGCAGGUGCCAUUGUAUAGCAAGAGCAAGUCGAAGAAGCCCGAAUUUCGUGCCCAAUGGUUCAAGCAACCGCUCGACCAUUUCGACAAGCAUUCGGAGCAUACCUUCCACCAGCGGUACUGGGUCAAUGCGCGGCACUACAAACCACGAAAGGGCGCUCCUGUGAUUGUGCUGGAUGGGGGAGAAACCAGCGGUGAGGAUCGCAUCCCGUUCCUUGACACGGGAAUUGUCGAAAUCCUGGCUCGAGCGACCGGUGGACUAGGCGUGGUUUUGGAGCAUCGGUACUACGGAGAAUCCAUUCCCGUGUCCAACUUCUCGACCGACGCCCUUCGUUUCCUCAACAACGAGCAAGCUGCUGCUGACAGCGCCAACUUCAUGCGGAAAGUUAAGUUCGAUGGCAUUGCGGAGGAUCUGACAGCGCCUGGUACACCUUGGAUCUACUAUGGGGGAUCCUACGCCGGUGCCCGAGCAGCGCACAUGAAGAUUCUAUACCCUGACAUCGUCUGGGGAGCCAUUGCUUCAAGUGCCGUUACCCACGCCGCUCUCGAGAACUGGCAGUACAUGGACAUCAUCCGGAACGCGGCGGACCCGAAGUGCUCCGCCCAUCUUGUCAAUGCCAUCGAAAACAUCGACAACAUCCUGAUCAAUGGGCCUGCCUUCCUCAGGCGUCCUCUGAAGAAUUUGUUCGGACUUGCUAAGUUGGAGCAUGACGAUGACUUUGUUUCGGUCUUGGAGAGCCCACUUGGUUCAUGGCAAGCGAAGUGCUGGGAUCCAGCAAUCGGCAGCACGGCAUUCGACGACUUCUGUGAUAUUUUAACCCACCCAUUCGGCAGCAUAUCAAGCGCAGCUCUCGACCUUCCCUUCGGAUAUCCCGACAGAAUGGUUGUGACAGAAGACGGCUAUGCUUUCGACGUGUCGAUUAUCAAUUACGGACGGUACAUCAAAGCGAAAUACGUGUCUAAAUGCCCCAAGGAAUCCACUAUCGAAGAUUGCUUCGGCACAUACGACGACGAGCAGUAUCAAGAUACCGGACUCGACCAAGACUGGCGGCUGUGGCUCUUCCAAGUCUGUACACAAUGGGGCUACUUCACCACUGCCCCUCCAGACCAGAAACUUCCUCGCAUCAUAUCUCGCCUCUUGACUCUCGGCUACGAGUCGAAGAUCUGCAAACAGGCCUUCCUUCCUGGUGUACAUUUCAAGGUGCCUUCGCUGCCCAAUAUCACGGCGGUCAAUGCUUUAGGCGACUUCGACAUCGCAGCUGACCGGUUGGCCAUCAUCGAUGGCGAAGUUGACCCAUGGAGACCAGAGACACCUCACAGCGACGACGCCCAAGAUCGCGAAGACACCGUCCUGCGGCCGUUCAAGCUUAUACCCAAUGCCGUCCAUCAUUACGACGAAUAUGGAUGGCUCAACCUCCUCGACGAGCCCGCUGAGAUCCGCAAGAUACAUGCUGAGAUGAUCUCGUUCGUCACUUCUUGGUUGAAGGACUGGGAGGUGCUGCAUGGAGUUCAGCCUUGA